GAACGGUGUUGCUAUUCCUCUAUCAACUUGUGUCUUCUCGACACAUCUUUUCAAUAUUUCUUAUUGUCUUUUUUUGUCCUACAUAAAAAUUCUCGCUAUCUAUAAUUGUAAUGCGAUAAGGGUGUAAAGCCCUCUAUAAACUCAAUAUAUAUGUCGAUCCGCAGAGAGAACGGACACGGAGUUGUCCCACGGAGACGAAAUGGCAAGCAGCCCGCGUGCGAGCCAUGCAGAAAAGCAAAAAUUUCUUGUGAUCAUGGCCUUCCCGUGUGUGAUCGAUGUAAACGACGGAAAUCAUCGGCUAAAUGUAUAUACCUCUCAGCGCCUAUGACCCGUCGGCUACCCACAGAGGGAUCCAAUACAAGUAGGGAGCGCGAACAAGCUACCGGUAUACUGUCAACCCCCACUCCAACUCCAACGCCUUCUGUUAUAUCUACACAUGAUCAUCUGCUUUCUCCCGAUAGUAGGCCUACAGAACCAGGUAGAAUACAAUCCGGAGGUUUCUUUGGCCCAACAAACUUCUCCGCUGUAUUCGAGGAAAAUCGGGAAAAUAUCGGUAACGAUAUACAAAUUUCCAAUGACUCUAGUGCACUUCCAUCUUAUGACAGUCUCCAGACUCAUAAUUUUCUGAUGCUGCCCGGAAAUACAUUUGGAGGAUCCCCACGAAUCCAGCUCGGAAUCAAGAUAUUGCAAAAACUGCCCGACAAACGAACAUGUGACCAUUUGUUAAAAUGGCAUUUGGAAAGGAUGGGCGGGUGUAGUCCUCAUAUCCCGAGACAGACUCCAGUACAAAUAGCACAUUCAUUGUGGUCUCAGUGGGGAAAGGAGUUGAAGGAGCCAAGACGUCUCGAUGAUAUAGAAAGUAUAUCUACGCAUUUAUGCAGGAACUCCGAACACCAUUUACAGGAGGCGGAGGAUUAUCAACCUUGGUUAGAAGGUAUCACGGGAGCUCAUAUGAGAUGGGAAUCUGUGGGACUCAUAUUUGCGGCUCUAUGUCGAUGUGUUUUGUCACUAUCUGAAAGAGAUGCCUUCUUCACAACCCAGCCUGGGCAAAGGAAAGAUCGAAAACACUUCGCAAUGGAGCUAAAAGAUUGCAUCCAAGCUUGUGUUACAUUGUCUAAUUACAUGGACUACAUUAAUACCGUCAUGGUGGGCCUUUUGACUGAAAAUCUUAUUAUUACUACUGUAAUCAUGGGCGACGCAAGUUUGAUUGUUUGGAGACAGAUAGGAGAUUUGGUUAGUAUGUCAACAGCACUUGGUCUUCAUCGCCAACCGGACAAUGAUGGACCCGUCACAUUCUUAUCCGAAUGUAAAAGACGUUUGUUUACAAUAAUAUUCAAUUUCGAUAAAAGUUCUGCUCACCUCACAGGUCGUCCGCCAGCAUUAAGUUAUCGUUAUACACGUUUCCGCUUUCCUCUUGACAUCGACGAUGAAGUAUUUGCUCAAGGCCCCGAAGCCCUAAGAAACGCCGCUGAGAAAUUAGACGCCAAUGGCUGGAAUCAAGAAGCCAGAAUGACAAAUGCAACAUAUAUUCGCGCUCACGGCUAUCUUACUAUAAUCACCGAUGAGAUCCUCGAAUUAUCUCUCACUGGCAAUAUCAGCGAUACCCGCAUUACCGCUCUUCUAGCCCGUGUGCAAGAGACCUACGAUGGUUUCCCUUUUUACACCCACUACCAACCCAGCGACGUAUAUUCUCCCUCGAUAUCCGAUGAUGUACUAUGGCGUCGCAUCGGUUUACGUCUCACAUAUCUCGAACACCGACUCACGCUCGAACGACUCGCCCACAAAUCUCUCCUUCUCUCCGGACAAUCCAUGAUAUCCUGCGCUCUCGAGAUGCUCCAACUAACCGUUCUCUUCUGGGUCCAACGCGAUCGCUUCGUCGAGCAUCAUCAUGAUUACGAUUGGAUGCUUAUGUGUUGGGGAGUUCCUUCCAGCGGAGUCUUAUGUGUAGAAAUCCUUAAACAGAUGAAAUCACCUCAUGAAUCGACGAUAAAACUACCGACGUCGGAAAUUGUGCAGAAUUUGAGUUUGUUAGUUGGCUUUUUCGAAUGGAUUAAACCGAGUGCGGGGAAUUAUCUCUUGUGUAGACGUAUGAGUAAAUUAGUGAAGAGGAUUUUAGAUCAGAUUUUGAAUCAUCGAGUUAGUGGUCGUGGGAGUUCGCAGGGACAAGGACAAGAGGGGGAGAGGAGUGGAAUGGGUUUGGUUGAGGAUGGGAAUGGUGGGCUGGGAAACGAGAAUGGGAAUGGGAAUGUAGAUGUGGGUAUGAUGGGAGUAGAUGAUCUAGAUGGAAUGGGUGAUGAUGUGGGAACAUUUGGGAAUCUGGAUUGGUUGAAUGAGUUAGAUUGGAGUAGAGGACCUUGGAUGAAUCUAGAUAGUCUUACAUGACCCAAAAAUUAGGUAAAUGUUAAUUUAUAACAGUCAAAGAUCAUCGUAGAGGCUCACGAAUUCCAGUAUUUCAAGCGAAGAAUAAAAAUUACAUGAACCGGUGUAGAUAUA